AUGUAUUUUCACCGUAUCAUGAUAUCUGCCCUCGGCUUCGUUUCGGUUGGGCUGGCAGCAGCCGUUCCCGGUCCUACGCCACUUCCUAUGAACCCCAAAUCCUCAAGCGCCACAACGGUAUCCCAUGCUGAAGACUUCAUUUUGGGUCGACCUCUUUCCUCCCGCACUUCCAAGCUAGCCUCGGUCGUUUUUCACGGUACAGGCCCAUCUACUCAGAGCAUUCAAGCCGACACCGAAACCGCCGUCUUCCACCUGGUACAAAAGACAUUAGAGUCCCAUCCCGAAUUCGGGCAUUCGCUGACUCGCGAAGAGGUGGAAUUCAAGGGCAAUGUAGUGAAGGGGAAAAGUGGGGAGUACAGGUUCGAUGUGACGCUCAAAGAUAGUUCGGGAAAGGAGGUCGCGUGUCGGGGACACGUCAUUUAUCAGAGGGUGUCGACGACGCGUAUGCAAAUUCAACAGGAUUCAGCGGUAUACAGAGUCUCGGAUUUCGGGUAUCUCAGUAAAAUCGAGCAUCCCUACCUUCAAAUUCUCGCUUAUGCCAGACGCCCUGCAUACGAUGUACCGUUACCGCCAUCGGAAGGAUAUCCGCCUCUGCCUAAGACGAAGCGGCGGAUUGCUAUGAAUCGUUCUUCAUUACUUCACAGUGAAGUCCUUAGCGAGUGA